AUGCCGUUUACAAAGGGUACUAAGCGCGCCGCCCCGCGCGACUCGCGCAGCGACUCCGGCGACGAGGUCAUCACCAAGUCCAACAAGAAGACAAAAACCACAAAGAACAACGGAAGCACAGAUGGGGUUGACAAGGACGGCAACCCUUUCUGGGAUCUGUCCAACAAGCGCCGCGUUGGCCUCUCUCAAUUCAAGAACACCACUUUUGUCAAUAUUCGCGAGUUUUACGAAAAGGAUGGCGACAUGCUGCCGGGCAAGAAAGGCAUCUCCCUCACCGUCCCACAGUACGAGGCCCUCGUCAAGGCCAUGCCCGCUAUUAGCGAAAAGCUGCGCGCCAUGGGCCACGACGUCGAGGACGUGGAGGAGGACGGCGGGGCUCCCACCGCGGUCGAGGCACCAAAGCCUGCUGCCAAGGAGAAGUCAAGAGCCAAGAAGUCCAAUUUUGAGGCUACCAGUGACGAGGAGUCGGACUAG